GCGCAACUGCAUGCAUGCGGGCUAGAUUUACCACGUGGCAGUCAAAGAGAGCGGUGGUUGCAAUUUGACCACAUCUAGCUAGCUAGCUGGUGUGAUGACGUCUUCCUUAUUAGAGAAAAAGAAGAAUAAUAAUUCUUUUUUCUAUUUUCCACCUAUUCUUCGGAACCACUACACCACAUCCCUGUUAGGGAUGGCAAUGGGGCGGGUUUGGGGCGGGUUUGCUUAAACCAUCCCCAUACCCAUCUUCAAAUACCCAAACUCAUACCCGCCCCAUACUCGUGCGGGGAAUGUUUUGCAAACCCAUCCCCAUACCCGUGGGUUUCGGGUACCCAUGGGUAAUACCCAUACCCGUACAUCCAACAUUAUUAUACCUAAAACUUACAUGAAAAGUUCUAAUUAUAAUUCUAAACGAACAUAUUAUAUCAUGAAGUCAAUAAAACACGGUCAUUUUUUAAAAUGGUUCAAAGAUUAUGAUCCUAAAAUAUCCAUUAAUACAUAAUAUAGAGUAUAAUAUUUUUCAAAUUAUUAUGUUCUAACUCUGAUACAUCUACUAAGUAAUAAUUAACUAACAUAAUCUUGUUGACAAGGGGGAAAGUGAAAGAGUGAAAUAAGGAUUGAGAGAAAUGAAUUAGAUUUUGAUUAAGGUGGUCAAUCAAUUGCAUUUCUACUAUUUAUUUUUCUCAAGUUAUCCUCAUCAUCAUUGAUAGAUUAUAAUUUGAUGCACAUAUUUUUUUUAUAUAUGAAGAAAUUAUCUUGGUGGGGCGGGUAUGGGGAUGGGUAUGGGGCGGGGGAGGCAAAAACCAUACCCGCCCCAUACCCAUCAAACUUUUUGCGGGUUUUACCCAUAUCCGCCCCAUACCCGGUCAAAGCGGGGAUUCCCCGCGUUGACUGGGUCGGGGGCGGUCAGAUACCCGCGGCCAUGGGUUUGAUUGCCAUCCCUAAUCCCUGUACCUUCUCCCUCUCUCCUGUACACGUUCCCUCAACCUCUCAACAGAUUCCCCUUGUAAUGUUGUAUAAAUCAUAACUGAAUACAGAGAGGCAAAUUAGGUUUUGAUUGCCAAUUAUUCUCUUAUCACAAAAUCCUAAUAUGGUAUCAGAGCUAGCAACGCUCAGCUAAGCACCGAUCCAAAUCUUCUUCCCCUUCUGUCAUUUUUCUUUCCCUUCUGCCCAAUCAAAAUGUCCAGUGGAGCCGAGGUUCUUGAUGCCACUCCCUCGGCCGAAGUCGCCACAAUCAUCACAUUUAACCCAGCUGCCCUGCUUCCAUUAAAGCUUACCUCAACCAAUUUCGCCUCCUGGCGCUCUCAGCUCGAAACGCUGCUUAUGGGCCUUGAUUUAUUCGGCUUCAUUGAUGGUACAAAAAUCGCUCCUCCUCGCACAGUCAUGGUGGACGCUGUGGCCUCGCCCAAUCCGGCAUAUCACAACUGGUUUCGCCAAGACAAGCUAAUUCUUCAUGCCUUGCGGUGUUCCAUUUCUGAAUCGAUCUAUUCCUUCGUUUCUGCCGCAUCCACAUCUCGUGAGGCUUGGCUGACCCUCGAAAAGUUAUACGCCAGCAACGCUCAGUCCCGUGUUAUUCAUCUGAAGGGCAAACUCGCCACGACUGUCAAGGGCGACAGAGACGUCAUGACCUUCGUCAAUGAUCUCAAGAAUAUCGCCACUGAACUGGCGCUCAUUGGUGCCCCUGCCUCCGAUCUAGACCUUGUCGUUCAUUGCCUUCGCGGCUUAGGAGAAGAAUACGGCGCUUUUGCCGCGGCCAUUCGCGCUCGCGGGCCUGGACUUUGCUUGGAGGAUCUCGUUGACUCCCUGGUUGAGUACGAGUCUGAUCUCAACUCGAAAGUGAAACACUCUAUUCCUACUGCGUUUUUCUCACAGGGAUACAACAAGGGCGGCGGCAGUUCCUCUCGCCACAGUGGUGGCCGAUCCCCGCAUGGAGGGUUCCAUUCCCCGCGGGCUCCCUCACUUCGGGCCUCUGAAGAUUACCAAAGGGCCUCCAGCCCACUUCCAUUGCCCCACUCCUUUGGGCCGCCAGAUUCCACUUCCACUGGGCCCCCUUUUUCUGGCCCACGCAGGCCCCCUAUCACAUGCCAAUUUUGUGAGAAACCUGGCCAUUCUGUCCGCCAGUGUUUUAAACUCUUUCCACAGGCUCGUCAAUUAUAUCAGGCCCGUCAAUCUCAGGCCCAUCUCACUACUGCCGGUCGUGCUCCGCCCUCUAGCCCAUGGUUACUCCAUUCCGCGGCCUCGCAUCAUGUUACCUCUGAUUUAGGGAAUCUGUCCCUCUAUUCCGACUACACUGGCCCUGACGAAAUUAUGGUUGGCGAUGGCACAGGUUUGCAGAUCACCCAUAUUGGGUCUACUCAUUUACACCAUUCCAUGGCUUCCUUUCACUUACACGAUGUCUUAUGUCCCCCUGCUAUUAAACGCAAGCUUAUCUCUGUGGCAAAGCUGUGUCGUACUAAUCCCCUUUCGGUGGAAUUUUUUGCUGAUUGUUUUGUUGUGAAGGAUCUCCGCACAGGGGCGCCGCUGCUGAAAGGGGUAAAUAAUGGGGAUGUCUACGAGCUUCCUAGUGAUGUGGACACCGUUCGUCUUGCUCUUGUCACCACCCGCACUUCCUCUUCCUCCUGGCACGCUCGUCUUGGUCAUCCAUCUCCUCACUCGCUUGCCAGUCUCCUCCGCACUCACUCUCUACCAGUAUCAUCCUCUCUCGUCAGUAGUCAUUGUCCCUCUUGUCUCUCCAAUAAAAGUCAUAAACUUCCUUUUUCCGUUUCUUCGUUAUCCAGCUCUAGACCAUUUGAUUUAUUGUAUACGGAUGUUUGGGGACCCGGACCAGUUCCCUCUAUUGAUGGUUUUCGUUAUUACUUAAUAAUCGUUGAUCAUUUUUCCCGCUAUACAUGGUAUUAUCCCUUGAAAUUUAAGUCUGAUGUUCUGUCUGUGUUUACUGCUUUUCGCAAGAUGGUUGAAAACUAUUUUUCCACUACCAUCUGUCGCAUUUACUCCGAUGGUGGGGGUGAAUUUCAAAAAUUGUGCUCCACACUGGCUGAUCAUGGCAUCAGUCAUCUCCUCACCCCUCCGCAUACUCCUGAGCAUAACGGCCUCGCCGAAAGAAAACAUCGCCAUCUUGUCGAAACCGGUAUCACUCUUCUGCAUCAUGCUCAUCUCCCCACAAUUUUUUGGUCCUUUGCUUUCUCUACUGCUACUUAUUUAAUUAAUCGUCUUCCGUCCUCCGCCUUGCGUGGUCAUAUUCCAUACACUACUCUUUUCAACAUUGUUCCUAACUAUCAUAAGCUUCGUGUCUUUGGUUGCUUGUGUUAUCCCUGGUUACGUCCCUACUCAUCUCACAAGCUUGAACCUCGAUCUCGUCCAUGCUUGUUCAUUGGCUACUGUCCACAACGUAGUGCCUAUAAAUGCUUUGAUCCUCAAACUCAGCGCACUUUUUUGUCCCGCCAUGUACGUUUUGUCGAGGACUCCUUCCCUGGAUUCCCCUCUAACUCUUCUGCAGGGACUUCUUCGGUGGACAAUUGGUUGUUUGACACUGGGCCUACAAUCACCUCCCUUCCUCUCUCUGGGCCUCGGCCUCCCCAAGCAGGCAGCUCGGCCCAUUCCCCUUCAGUCGGCAGCAGCUCCCCCCGCGCGGCGUCUCCCACACACGCACAUUCAGCUCCUGGCCCGUCCACCGCUACUGGGCCUCUCCCAGUUCUAUUGGGCUCCGCCGACCAUCCCUCUACUGCUGGGCCCUCCCAGCCUGCCGGGCUUGAGCAUUCCUCGCCCCUCCCAACCACAACCAGGCCCACGGCUCCUCCUCCCCUCCUGCGCACCCUUCGCAUGACUACACGGGCCCAGGAUGGGAUCUACAAGCCCAAAAGGCUGUUUCAAGCCAACCUCACCACUUGCAGUCCCCCACUUGAGCCUCGUUCUGUCCGCCAUGCCAUGCAAUAUCCAGAGUGGCAUGCUGCCCUUCACAAGGAAAAUAAUGCUCUCCUGCACAAUCAUACAUGGGACCUCGUACCUCGCCAGCCUCACUUCAAUGUGCUAGGGAACAAAUGGGUCUAUCGUAUCAAGCAUCACUCUGACGGUUCUAUCAAUUUAUUCAAAUGUCGUCUUGUUGCCAAGGGGUUUCAUCAGCGGCCUGGUGUCGACUUCCAUGAUACUUUCAGCCCGGUCAUCAAGCCGGUCACUGUGCGUACUGUUUUCACAAUUGCUUUAUCUCAUCAUUGGCCUAUCAAGCAAUUUGAUGUCAACAAUGUCUUUCUUCAAGGGCCGCUUCAUGAUGAGGUCUACAUGGAGCAACCUCCCGGCUUUGUCGACCUCAUCCGUCCUACUCAUGUAUGUCGUCUUCGCCGUGCUAUCUAUGGUUUGCGUCAGGCUCCUCGGGCAUGGUAUAGUGCUCUCAGUUCUUUUCUUAUUGAGUUUGGGUUCACUAAGACUCAGUCCGAUGCGUCUCUAUUUGUCUACCAUCGUCCCGGUGUUACCAUGUACUUCCUGGUCUACGUGGACGAUCUGUUGCUCACAGGUAAUGAUGCGGCCAUUCUCUCGGCCUUUCAGCAGGCUCUAGCUCACAAGUUCUCCCUCAAGGAACUCGGUGAUGUGAAUUACUUUUUGGGCAUUGAAAUCAUUCAUACGGCUACCGGUUAUGUUCUCUCUCAGCACAAAUACAUGACCGAUGUUCUUACCCGCUUCCAUAUGUUGGAUGCCUCCCCGGUCUCCACUCCGCUCGCAUCAUCUGUCAAACUGUCCCUCCGUGAUGGCUCCUCCCCUACGGAUGCUACUCGGUUUCGUCAGGCAUUGGGGGCCCUUCAGUACCUUGUCUAUACGAGGCCAGAUAUUGCGUACGCUGUUAAUAAACUCUCUCAGUAUAUGCAGGCACCCACGGUCCUUCACUGGCAGUCCCUCAAACGAUUACUCCGGUACGUUUGCGGCACCAUCACCUAUGGUUUAGCUAUUCGCCCUGCUACACAUCCCUUCCGUCUCACUGCCUUUGCCGAUUCCGACUGGGCUGGUAAUGUCGACGAUCGUACAUCCACCUCUGCUUAUCUUGUCUAUUUGGGAUCCUCCCUCAUUUCCUGGCGCUCACAGAAGCAACGGACUGUUGCUCGUUCCAGUACUGAGGCUGAAUAUCGCGCCAUUGCCCAUGCUACUGCUGAGCUCGAGUGGGUCCAGAAUUUAUUGACGGAGCUACAUCAGCCACUCUCCUCUCCGCCAUCCUUGUUCUCUGAUAAUUUGGGUGCCACCAAUUUCAGUUCGAAUCCGGUUUUCCACUCUCGUAUGAAGCAUUUGGCUCUUGAUUACCACUUUGUCCGCCAGCUUGUCCAGGCUGGUCGCCUUCACGUGCUCUACAUUCCUACUGCUCAGCAGCUCGCGGACACACUCACCAAACCUCUUCCGGCUCCACGCUAUCUUCUUCUCCGGUCCAAAAUUGGCGUCGUUGACACCUCCUCCAUCUUGCAGUGGCGUAUUAGAGAAAAAGAAGAAUAAUAAUUCUUUUUUUCUAUUUUCCACCUAUUCUUCGGAACCACUACACCACAUCCCUGUACCUUCUCCCUCUCUCCUGUACACGUUCCCUCAACCUCUCAACAGAUUCCCCUUGUAAUGUUGUAUAAAUCAUAACUGAAUACAGAGAGGCAAAUUAGGUUUUGAUUGCCAAUUAUUCUCUUAUCACAAAAUCCUAAUAUUCCUGGAGGAGCGGUGGCCGGGGGCCGGCUCAUAUGGGGAUCGUCAGUUUCUGAUCAGAUACGGGCAUAAUUGUGCAGUACUGUCUACAAACGUCACAGCCCUGAAAGAGUUACUGUUGGUUACCGAUGAAUAGUGUUUUUAUUAUUUACGCCGCCGUCCCUCUCUGCAUGUCGUCCUCUUCCCAUGCUACUACUCCGCCCUGCCCGCCGCGUUCCCCGCUGAGGAUUCCCUUUCUAUGCCAAUGCCACGCCCCCGAUAUUGUUAUAUAUUAUUAUAUUCAAAAUUAAUUAAGAUAUUAAAAGAAGAGGAAUUUUAUUUUUAACAUAUCUACUGUUUAAUUAGAUUUUGGUGUCCAGUGGAAGUGUGGAACAGACCGACCAUGGUUCUUCCAUUUUCGGAGGAACAGAAAAUAGGAGUGUUAUGGAGCAAUUUAGAUAAGGUACGGCAUGUUAUUGUUAACUCAUGUUUCGUAGUAAUAGUUACAAUUAGUUAAAUUCCUACUCAAUCUAAGUGAUAUCAUUGUAUGUUAAUUUGUAGAGUUUUUGCGGGUUUGAUGAUUCAUGUUCAACCUGAUUAUGGCUAAUUAUUUUAUGCGCUUAACUACUACGAUUUUACAUGUAGCUAUUUCAUGAGACCAUCUUUUUAUGUUAAUUGGAAUUGGUUAAAUCUCUGCCUUUUUACAUAUGUCAACACAAGUCUGGAAGUAUUAAGGAAAUCCAAGAAGGAAGAAGGUAUCAAAGCUUGAACUCAUGAUCAUACCAUUAGCAGACUCCCAUUUUUCUGUGCCUUUGUUGAUACUGAGUUUUCAAUUUUCAGUGAGUUAGACUAGAACAUUGUAUCAUGUUCUUAUUUGUUUGGGGUUUGUAAAGAGCUCUAAUUUAUGACUUUGGGUUCGUUGUUCGGCUGACAAAGUAGAAGUGAAAAGCAUUGCUUUAUAAACUAUAUUCAUUGAUAUUGUGGGAUACAUUUAUAAUGCUUUUUAUCUAAAUGCUAGCAUUAGUCAAAGAUUCUGAUAUUUUGAGUGAUAACGGACGAUAUUCAUAUUAGGUUAAAAUGGGUAGCCAAAUCCGCCCAUCGGGCGGGCCCAUAUCUAGUUUUAUAAUAACUUUAAAGUAUCUGUUGUUUAGUUUUUUUUUUACAACGUGAAAUUGUACUUUUAUGUACAAUUUUAGGUUGUAUCCAUACUUUUUUUGUAAAAUUUCUUUAUGCUACAAAUUAAAGUUGUAUCUUUAUGCUAUACUACAACUUGAAGUUGUAGCACAACAUAAAUGUAAAAUUGUCAUAUGGUACAAUUUGAAUUUGUACCUUUAGACAACUUCAAGUUAUACUUUAAAUCACCAAUACUUUAAACCAUAAUAGAAAUGCUUAAAAAGAGGAGGGGUUACUUUUGCAUCCGGCGUCUCCGACGACCCUACGUUGAACCACAGUGAAUUGGAGAAAAAAAACCUCCUCUUAAGAAGUAAACCAUGGGAGAGACGGCGUCCGGGGGCAUACUAAACAAUUGGUGCUACAUUCCAAUCUGUGCCACAGAGUAAUGAAGGGCUCCAAGCAAGGUUGUCAACCCGCGGGUUGACCCAGACCCGGUGGAGCUAGUGGGUCAAGGGUUAAUGGGUCACCCGAUUUAGCCCGGUUUAGCCCGGAAAAUAUGAAAAUAGUCAUUAUAUUGUACUUAUCCUGAUAAAUUAUAUCAAAUCUC